AUGGAGGGAGCAGCCGGGAGCCGCUCCUGCCAUUCCCGGGAUUGCCGGCAGCUCCCGGCCCGGCCGGGGCAGCACCUGGGCAGCAGCUCUGCUUUGUGGAGGCCCUGGAUGCUCCCAGCAAGGCAUGGGGAGGCCACAGAGAACCAAGAAAUGCCAGAAUUGAAUGGCCAAGUGAGAAAUUGUAAAUCAAAAGGAGCCCUGGGGUUCCAGCAUCCAGUGAGGCUUUAUUUGCCCAAAUCCAAAUCCCAGAAGUUUCUUGCUAACGUUGGAGAGAAGGUUCUGGCCAGUUUUCCUGUACAAGCCACCAUUCACUUCUACAAUGAUGAUGCUGCGUCUGAGGAAGAAGAAGUGAGCCCUGAGAAAGCCAAAAUCCACACUAAAAAAUGAACAAUUUUAAAAAAGAACUAUCAGGAAUGGAUGGACAAACAUCUGACCAAACAGAAAUACAGCAGAGCUCAAAAAGAAACUAUUUAUAAUUCUCAUUCCAUGAAGAAUGAGUCAACUGGAAAAUGGGAGGAAAUCAUUUUGUGUUUUUAGAGACUUCCAAUUAAACCCUGAAGCUGAACAAAAGAUUUAAAUCAGGUUGGUUUCAGUAGCAGAGAUAAAGAACAUUGUACUGAGUCAUUAUUUUAAACACUGCAGUCCUGAGAAAGUGAAAAUCGCAUUGAUGAUGAGGCUGAAUAAUGUGAUGUGCAAAAAUAACCCAAAGGCUUUGAAACACUGAAAUUAGGCAAGGAAUUAUUUCAAAUGUGCAGACUGGUUCCAUGGAUUUAUUUAUUCUGCUAAAAAUGCUGAAUGCUCAGUUGGUCCCAUCCAUUCCCAGUCCAACCCACAGGUUCUAAACAUUUGUGAUAUUUUCUGGGCUUCUGCCAUUCUCUUGUUAGCAGAUUUUCCCUCUGUAAUCUUUUGCCAGCCAGAAAAAAAUGUCAG